CCGGUGAUGUCAUUGAGUCUGUCCCAGCGCAGACCCAGCCCGAGGCUGGGGCUGGAUUCCUGGAGGCUGCCAUGUUCUCCCUCCCUUCCCUCUCCUCCUGGCUCCCCAGCCUCCCGUCCUUUGACUGGGGUUCCAGUCUCUUCGACAGCCUCCUGCAAGGCCUGAUCGCCGCCCUUGGAGUCUCGGUUCUCAACAGUCUCCUGAAAGUUUACUUCUUCGUGGCCUGUGUCAAUGACCCCCAGCGGCAGACCCAUAAGCAGCGGCUGCGAGCACAGUGGGCCUCACUGGAGACAGUGCACCUGGCUGGUCUGACCCUGUUCCUGACGGUGGUAGGGGCCCGAGUAGCCGCCCUGGUGGUACUGGAGUUCUCCCUCCGGGCUGUGUCCACAGUGUUGUCCCUGGGCAAGGGCUCGGGGGAGAAGGAGCGACUCCAGCUCUUCCUGGUCUGUCAGUUCUCACUGGGCUGUGGGCUGACCUGUGGCCUGAGCUUCCUACAGGAAGGCGCCCCACAUCGCACCCUGAACCUGCUGCUGAGCCUGGGGCUGGCUGCGCUGUUUGGCGUGGGUGCCCGGCGCUUCCGCCAACACGUCUGCAGCCUCUAUGAGCUACACAGCAGUCAGCGUUACUGUGGGGUCUGCCUGGGCCUGCUGGCUGGCCAGCAUGGCCUGCCCAGGCUUCUGGGCCGUGCUCUGGCGGUGGCCUUUGCUGUGAGUGACCUGGCAGCGGUGGCCCUCAUCAACCAGGACUUCCUGAGCACAUCAGAGGCCAUGCGCUUCUGGACGCCACUCACCAUCUGCUACACGCUGCUGGUCAUCUACAUGCAGGAGGAGCAGAGGCAACAUCGCUUCAGCCUGCAGGGCCAGGUCCAGACGGUGCUGGUGCGCAUGGGCGGCCUCUUCAUUUUGUUGAUGACUGUGGGCCGGUGGCUGGACCUCCUUGGUGUCCUUGUUUCGGUUUUGGGUGAGCUCUGGUGCCUUGCAGGUGUUCGCACCCUAAUCGACCUCUGCCAGAUACAGGGCUUUCCAUCCCAGAGGCCUACAGUAACAGCAGCAGUAACACCAGGAAGGGUAUCAACAGUGUCAGAUCCAUGCGAGCCCCGGCCUUCCACACCUGCCCUGUCCAGAAGCGAGGCCCCCUCCUGACCUGCCCUAUGGAGGACUCAAAGUCAGUCUCAGGCCUACACAGGCUGACCAGCAAGGCCUUGACCACAAGAUGUGGCCUGGAGACUGGGUGGCAGAGCUGGUCCCCACCUAGACCAGCUCUGGGCAGGCCAUGGGGGCCCCUGGAGAAAGGGGACAGCUAGAGCUGGGGACCUGGGAAGGUGGGGACGUGAAGGCCCCUGAGUAAAUCCCUCUGUCUUGAAGAUGGGCCAUGGAUACAGCUUCAUCAGACCCGCCUUUCCUGGCCAGGCAGGAGGACAGACAACGACUGUGACCUCAGAAUGGCCCCCUGCCCCUUGCCACCCCUCCCCCACCUUGCUCU